AUGGGGAAAGGAGGUGAAGACUUGGUGAAUAAGCAAACUAAUGGCUCUGAAUCGGUAAAGUCAGAUACUUUUCAUGCUUGGGCUAAAGACGAUAGAGAAUGUGAAGAGAAGUUCGGUGUUAGUUGUGAGAAAGGGUUAACUACUGAAGAGGUGUUGAAGCGUCACCAGAUCUAUGGCUUAAACGAGUUAGAGAAGCCUGAGGGGAAAUCUAUUUUUAAAUUGAUAUUGGAGCAGUUCAAUGAUACGUUGGUUUGUAUUCUUUUGGCGGCUGCUGUUAUUUCAUUUGUGUUAGCCUUCGUUGAUGGAGAGGAAGGAGGUGAGAUGGGGAUCACAGCGUUUGUUGAGCCGCUUGUGAAUUUCUUGAUAUUGAUUGUUAAUGCGAUUGUUGGGAUCUGGCAAGAGACUAAUGCCGAGAAGGCGUUGGAAGCUUUGAAGGAGAUUAAGUCUCAGAAAGCUACUGUUAUGCGCGAUGGGAAUAAGAUAUCUAGUUUGCCGGCUAAGGAGCUUGUUCCUGGUGAUAUUGUGGAGCUCAGGGUUGGUGAUAAGGUCCCCGCUGAUAUGCGUGUGGUGGCUUUGAUUAGUUCCACGCUGAGAAUUGAGCAGGGGUCUUUGACAGGGGAGAGUGAGGCGGUUAGUAAGACUACUAAGCCUGUGGAGGAGAAUGCUGAUAUUCAAGGGAAGAAAUGUAUGGUGUUUGCAGGAACCACUGUGGUGAAUGGGAACUGUAUAUGCUUGGUUACAGAUACUGGAAUGAGUACUGAGAUUGGGAGGGUACAUUCACAGAUUCAGGAAGCUGCACAACAUGAGGAAGAUACUCCUUUGAAGAAGAAGCUUAACGAGUUUGGAGAAGCUCUGACUAUGAUCAUUGGGUUGAUUUGUGCGUUAGUGUGGCUCAUCAAUGUCAAGUACUUUCUCUCCUGGGAGUAUGUUGAUGGCUGGCCCAAAAACUUCAAGUUCUCCUUUGAGAAGUGCACAUAUUACUUUGAGAUUACUGUGGCAUUAGCGGUUGCUGCGAUUCCGGAAGGUCUGCCAGCUGUUAUUACCACAUGUUUGGCUCUUGGGACGCGGAAGAUGGCUCAGAAGAACGCUCUGGUUAGGAAGUUGCCCAGUGUGGAGACUCUUGGAUGCACAACAUUUAUAUGUUCUGAUAAAACUGGAACUCUGACAACCAAUCAGAUGGCUGUUUCAAAGCUUGUUGCUAUGGGGUCUAGAAUUGGAACCCUUCGCUCUUUCAGUGUUGAGGGGACCUCAUUUGAUCCACGAGAUGGAAAGAUUGAAGACUGGCCAGCGGGUCGGAUGGAUGCAAAUCUUCAGAUGAUUGCGAAAAUUGCUGCCAUAUGCAACGAUGCUAAUGUGGAGAAAUCUGACAAUCAGUUUGUUACUAGGGGGAUGCCUACUGAGGCAGCUUUAAAGGUUUUGGGUGAGAAAAUGGGAUUUCCCGAAGGAUCCACUAAAGCGUCGACUUUGGCUGAUGGUGAUGUCUUACGUUGUUGUCGGCUAUGGAGUGAACUAGAGCAACGCCUUGCCACUCUUGAGUUCGACCGGGACCGGAAAUCAAUGGGAGUUAUGGUAGAUUUCAGCUCAGGAAGGAAACUGUUACUUGUCAAGGUCUGUGCAGUAGAAAAUGUAUUGGAAAGGAGUACACAUAUUCAGCUACUUGAUGAUUCCACUCCAGAACUUGACCAAUACUUAAGAGAUCUUAUUUUACAAAGUCUGCAUGAUCUGUCCAUGGGUGCAUUAAGAUGUCUCGGAUUUGCAUAUGCGGAUGUUCCAUCAGAUUUUGCCACUUAUGAUGGCAGCGAACACCAUCCUGCUCACCAGGAACUUCUCAACCCAUCUAACUAUUCUUCUAUUGAAUCCAAUCUAACAUUUGUGCGUCAAGCCAUUGCAGACUGCAGAACAGCAGUUAUCCGAGUCAUGGUCAUUACCGGAGACAACAAGAGCACCGCUGAAGCAAUCUGCCGUGAGAUUGGAGUAUUUGAAGCAGACGAAGAUAUCUCUACAAGAAGCUUGACUGGAAAAGAAUUUAUGGAUGUUCAAGAUCAGAAGAAUCAUCUGAGACAAAUUGGAGGGCUCUUGUUCUCGAGGGCUGAACCAAAGCACAAACAAGAGAUUGUUAGGUUACUCAAAGAAGAUGGGAAAGUGGUUGCCAUGACUGGAGAUGGAGUCAAUGAUGCUCAUGCACUAAAGUUGGUUGAUAUUGGUGUUGCUAUGGGCAUUUCUGGCACAGAGGUAGCAAAGGAGGCAUCUGACAUGGUUUUAGCAGAUGAUAAUUUCAGCACUAUCGUUGCAGCUGUUGGUGAAGGCAGAUCCAUCUAUAACAACAUGAAGGCUUUCAUCAGGUACAUGAUAUCUUCAAACAUUGGUGAGGUUGCAUCAAUAUUCUUGACAGCUGCUCUUGGAAUCCCAGAAGGCAUGAUCCCAGUUCAGCUUCUGUGGGUGAAUCUCGUAACAGACGGUCCUCCAGCCACAGCUUUAGGAUUCAAUCCUCCUGACAAGGAUAUCAUGAAGAAGCCUCCUCGCAGAAGUGAUGACUCACUUAUCACUCCCUGGAUCCUCUUCCGAUAUAUGGUGAUUGGUAUGUAUGUGGGAGUAGCAACAGUGGGAGUAUUCAUCAUAUGGUACACACACAGCAGCUUCAUGGGCAUAGACUUGAGCCAAGACGGUCACAGCCUAAUGAGCUAUUCACAGCUAGCUAAUUGGGGCCAAUGCUCUUCAUGGGAAGGCUUCAAAGUCUCUCCUUUCACAGCUGGCUCUCAGACAUUCUCCUUCGACUCAAACCCCUGCGAGUAUUUCCAUCAGGGGAAAAUCAAAGCAUCAACACUCUCCCUCUCCGUGUUGGUGGCCAUAGAAAUGUUCAACUCCCUGAACGCACUCUCAGAAGACGGCAGCCUUGUGACGAUGCCACCGUGGGUGAACCCAUGGCUACUCCUUGCAAUGGCGGUCUCAUUUGGACUGCACUUUGUGAUAUUCUACGUGCCAUUCAUGGCUCAAGUGUUUGGGAUAGUGCCGUUGAACUUGAACGAGUGGCUGUUGGUGUUGGCUGUGUCGCUUCCGGUGAUUUUAAUAGAUGAAGUUCUCAAGUUUGUUGGAAGGUUGACAAGUGGAUACCGCUACUCAACUCGCGCUCCAUCCGCUAAGCAAAAGACGGAGUAA